GAUAUUAUUAGGAGUAAAUAGCGGGACUGACGGUGAUGUGUGCCAUGCGUAUAGUUUUCAAAGAAACCGUGAAACUUUCUUAUAUACAAACUAUAUGAUGUAUAAAUACUGUAAAUAUAAUUCGAACUUUAAUUGAUGAAAUCGCGAUAAUACGUGUAUAUAAAAUAUUAUCAGUGUGUAGUAAAGUACAUGCUUCAGAGGUUAUAUUUUUGUGUUUAGCACUUGUGCUUUUUAUGGGUGUGCAAGGAUAUUUUUCUCGUCACAAUACAAUUCAAUCAACUUCCUUAUUUUUCCUGAUGUUCCGUCGCAUGUAAGAAAUCAAAAUCUUGAUUUUACUAUUUAACGGUGUCUGUACAAUAGUAAUAUCUGAAAACAGAAGGUUCGUAGGUUAUUCUUAACCUAAAAAUGUCCGACGACGAGGAUUUGGUUUACGUGAAGAAGCAGAAGACCGUUCAUUAUGGCUCGCUGGAAGAGGCGGAACGCGCCCGGCUCGCAGCUUUGCAAGUUGCUGUCGAAGCUGCGGACGAAGAGAAGGAUGCCACAAACGCGAAUGAUAUCACCAAUGCUUCCAACUUGGUCGGCAAUGUGCACAUCUCAAACGAGUAUAUGGAACUCGAGGAUGAAAUGUCCAAAGAUCGCCAGGCGUUACUGGAAGAAUUCGAACGUAGGAAAAAGGCCAGGCAGAUUAACGUUUCCACAGACGAUUCCGAGGUAAAGAAACACUUGAGACAAUUGGGUGAACCAAUUUGUCUGUUUGGCGAAGGUCCCGCGGAUAGAAGAACAAGAUUGAGAGAAUUAUUAGCGAGUGUAGGAGAAGAUGCUAUAAAGAAGAAGCACGAGGAAGAAGAGAAACCGCUUCAUACGGUUGAAAAGGAUACAGAAACAACUUGGUAUCACGAGGGUCCAGAAUCUUUGCGAAUUGCACGAUCAUGGAUAGCAUCAUAUUCAUUACCCAGAGCAAAGGUGCGAUUGAACGAGGCGAGACAAGAUCUAGAAUUACCAACUGCGACUCGAACAGCGAAAAGACAAGAACUUUUGAAGAAGCUGCAAGCAUUAACUAUUUAUUGCUCUCAAAUUGGAGAUACGAGGCCCAUCUCCUUUUGUCAGUUUAGCCCUAAUUCAAAGAUUCUUGCUACGGCAUCAUGGUCAGGCUUGUGCAAAUUAUGGUCUGUACCUGACUGUACUUUGUUGCGCACUUUAAAAGGACAUACUUGUAAUGUUGGCUGUAUUGUUUUUCAUCCAAAAGCUACGAUAACCGAAGAUGUGAUAGGUGAUAAUGCAGGACAGACUUGUGUGCUGGCAUCUUGUGCAUCAGAUGGCACUGUGAAAUUGUGGAGUGGUGGCACUGGCGAAGAACCAUUGGCAGAAGUAGAAGGACACGAGCCUCAUAGAGUUUCCAGGAUAGCGUUUCAUCCGUCCGGACGAUUUCUUGGUACGUGUUGCUACGACGCAUCUUGGCGAUUGUGGGAUUUAGAGCAACAAGCAGAAGUACUUCAUCAAGAAGGUCACUCUAGAGCUGUACAUUGUAUUAGUUUUCAGUGUGAUGGAAGUGUUUGCGCUACAGGUAGUCUCGAUUCUUUCGGUAGAGUAUGGGAUUUGCGUACCGGUAGAUGUAUAAUGUUUAUGGAAGGUCAUCUAACAUCCAUCUUUGGCGUCGAUUUCUCGUCAAAUGGUUUUCAUAUAGCGACAGCAAGCGAGGAUAAUACUUGCAAGAUAUGGGACUUGCGAAAGAGGACCUGCAUAUAUACGAUACCGGCGCAUACCAACUUGUUAUCCGACGUAAAAUACCAGAGAAUAGAAGGACAAUAUUUAGUUACCGCGUCUUACGACAACACAGCCAAAAUCUGGUCCAAUAAGACAUGGCAACCGCUCAAGGUGCUACCAGGUCACGAUGGAAAAGUCAUGUCUGUCGAUGUGUCUCCUGAUCACAAAUUUAUCGCGACUAGUUCGUAUGAUAGAACUUUUAAAUUAUGGGCUCCAGAAUAAACCAACUAAGAGAAUAUUUUUUCUACUAUGUCAAAUAUAU